CCACCUCCAUCCUUGCCCAGGGUCUCGCCUAUCUUUGAUCUUUCCGGGGAGAGUCAGCCAGAGUCUCUGAGUGUCAUCACCUUCGGGAUACCUGUGGAGGCACUGCAGGGGAACACUACCAUCUACCCAAGGGAGAACAAUGAGACUGAAGCAACAAUAACACACACCUACACUCUCAUCAACCUUGGCCUCAUCUCACUCAUCCAUACUCAGAUAGAGAUUCAUUGGCCACUAAGGAACAGGACAGAUGGGGUGCAGUUCUUCCUGUUGAAGAUGCCAAGGGUGACAGUGCCACCAGGAGCUACAUUAGAGUGCCACAAUACCUCUGAGGCACUGCCUACAGGAAAUGCAUUAGGUCAACCUGUUGACCAGAUGGUGUCCUGUCAUACCUUCGAAUGUUACAUUCACAGGUGUGAAGUGAGGAACUUAAGGCCUGAGGGGAAGGUGGUGAUUCACCUAGAUGCUGUCAUCAUCACCUCUGCCUUGAAGAACAGCAGUGGUUUCCUGAGGGUAGAGUCAUGGGUCAGUGCUGAAGUGAUGGCCCCCAACAUGAAUCUAUUGCAAGGUGCCAAUCUGCUGCAGCAUGUGGAAGUCAGCACCCAGCUGGUGCUGCCUCUGGUCUCCAGUUCUCAGCCCCCUGCCUGGAUCCUU